AUGAACCCGCUUAGUGUUACUUCUGCUGCCGCACGGAAAGGCACUCGUAGCUGCAUCGACUGCAGACAGCGUAAGGUCAAGUGCAUCUGGCCAGAUGCUGCUGCAAAGACUUGCAAAAGCUGUCUCGAGCGCCGACAACCUUGCGUUCCACAGCGUGUGGUCCCUCGAGAUACUCGUGUCAAUCGUGUGACAUCGAGACAUCGUAUCGCUCAACUGGAGCAGAAUGUUUCUACAUUGUGGAACCUCGUGCAGAAGCUCGAGGCUCGAGCAGGUAAUUCUGACAGCAACCGCUUGAUGUCCAUGCCUGUGAACCGUGCCGGGUCACAUCUUCUCCAGACUGCAGAUGAGGACGACAAUACAGACUCGGAUGCAUCGGAAACAUCUCCAGCCAACGCUCCCACACAUCUGAGACAGCUCUUCGAUGAUGGCCCUCUGGAUUAUGCGGAAGUGCAAUCUCCAUGGAUGACAGGCCAGCACAGUAGUCGGAUUGAGCAUCGUAAGGAGCGAGCAAGGACUCUAUUACGACGUCUUUUGCCACCAAGAGAGAAAGUGGCCUCAAUCGCGGCUAACUCCGGGCCAUGGCUGAACAUAAUAAGAGACAUGCUGUUCACACCUUAUGGCGUGGAGUCUACAGCCACGAUUGUUUCUCGCUGGGAUAAGGUUCAGGAUCCCGAUGUGAGCCCAAUAGAACUUGCCAUGCUACUCAUUACGUUAGCGACUACUAUUCAGCAAAUGCCGGCAGAGACAGUGACCCAGAUCUUCUCAAGUCUGGAGGCUGGUUACGACUUCAGUCAGAAAGUGUCAGACGUGGUCUCGACGGCCAUAGUCAACGAUGAUGUCCUCGCUGCAUCACUAGAAGGUUUGGAGGUUUGCUGCUGGUGGCUCCGCCUUCAACUGCUGACAUCAGACGAGAAGACUUAUCUUGUCCUUCGUAGAGUCAUUGCUUUAGGGGAGAUGCUUGGCCUGCCCAAAGUUGCAAAUGGUAUCAGCGCAUACGAAGCUAGAAAGUCCGUGCUCCGAUCAGAUCUAACGCCUGCACAACAUCGUCAAGCCGGUGGAGUCGCCUUGUGGACAGCCAUAUGUGCAGCCGAUCGACUCGCCUCGUUGCUUUUCAAUUUCCCUCUCGGGACGGGUCACUACCAAUUUUUGCAUUGUGAUCCGUAUCAGGACGGCCAGGUUGAUCCACAAACAUAUCUGUGUAGACUGGCCGACAUUGCUACUGGCGUACAGGCCAUCGACAAUCUCAGUGCCCAAGGCGCAUCUCCAUCUGAGAUGUGCGACAAGGCCCUUCACGUCGAUCAACAAUUACGCAAGUUGUACGGGUCCGUACCGAGAACGUGGUGGGAGGCCUUGCCCGACAGAGCUUCUCCCGAUGGCUUCCUACAGCACUUUCACAAUUAUGUCAUUGUGCGAGCACAUAUGCAGCUGGCUUUGAAGAACGAUGCUGGGACUCAAUUUGCUUAUAGCGAGCUGAUAUGUAUGGAGGCAUGUCGUGAGCUGGCACGACUAUAUACUAUCGUGCGCCGGAUGCUGCCUAGUGGCUUCUUUGCCUCGCGUGUCCUCGAUCUGCAAGCUCUGACUGCAGCUAUUGUACUGCUCAAGAAGCAGCAUCAAGCUCCACUAUCAGCGUCUGCCGCUAGCCAAGAGACGACUGCCAUGCUUAUUGAUCGUUUACUCGAAGCCAUGGACCUAGGAGCUAGUUUUCCGGGAGGAAAGAUAGCACAGCAAGGAGCUCACGCCAUUCGAGCCAUUGCCGCACUUCUUAGUGACAAGCAUUCUACCGAGGAUAGGUCCCUCACGCUUAGAGUACCGCUGCUUGGUAGGAUUGACGUCCAUCGUAAAGCGCCGCAACCUGUCCAGCCUGCACAAGAGCAGGUGAUGCAGCCCAGCCAAUACUGGCCCUCCCUAGCGCCUAAUCCAUCGGCGAAUGAGGCAGGGAUCAACGUCAAUGGCCAAGCAUUUGUACAGGAGAUCGACCCGAUGGCCUGGUCCUUGGAGAUAUCUGAGCUUCCUCCUUUCUUCUCUGAUGAUGCCUAUGGCCAAGAUCCCUGGUUCUCGUUUGGCAUACCAAAUGUUGGGAUAGAGGGGCUCGGAGGCAGCUAG